CUCAUAUUGAAACCCAAGUACAAACAAACUGCAAACUAAGGGAGAUAUCUGUGCAGCUCAUCGUCGUGCAACCGCUUUUUUGGUUUUUUGUUUAUUGGCAGCUGAUCUGCGUCGUUUCGUUAUGCGGUUUUUUGAUAACAUAUCUGUUAUUGGUGGAUGUUUUACGAUUUUGAUUUAGCACGAGAGAUGGUGGGAGCGGAGUAAAACCCGGUUUACACGAGAAUUUGGGCGGGGAAUUGUAAUAGUCUCGAUAACGUAAUAGGCCUAGAAAGAAAAAAAUAUAAUAAGAAAGUGGGGUUUGGGCAUGGAGACCGCCACAUCAGUUUCUACAAACCCUCGGACAGUGGAAGAGGUGUUUACAGAUUUCAGGGCACGCCGAGCUGCCAUUGUUCGGGCUCUUACUUCUGAAGUAGACCAAUUUUAUUCGCUAUGUGAUCCAGAGAAAGAUAAUCUGUGUUUGUAUGGAUAUCCCAAUGAUUCUUGGGAAGUAAACUUGCCUGCGGAAGAAGUCCCACCAGAACUUCCAGAGCCUGCUUUGGGUAUCAAUUUUGCAAGAGAUGGUAUGCAACGGAAGGAUUGGCUUUCCUUGGUUGCUGUGCACAGUGAUUCUUGGUUGCUUGCUGUUGCUUUCUACCAUGGUGCUAGGCUUAACCACAAUGACAGGAAACGACUUUUUAGUAUGAUAAAUGAUCUCCCAACUGUUUUUGAGGUGGUUUCUGAGAGGAGGCAGACAAAGGAUAAGAUUCCUGCAGAUAAUAGUGGAAGCAAAUCUAAAGUAUCUUCAAAGCGAAUUAAUGAUGGACAGUUAAAGAAUACUAAACCAGUUCUGAAGGAGGAUGAAGAAGAAGAUGAGGAUGAAGAUGAAGAGCAUGGUGAUACAAUAUGUGGAAUUUGUGAAGGAAUCUAUUCUUCUGAUGAGUUUUGGAUUGGUUGUGAUAUAUGUCAAAGGUGGUACCAUGGUAAAUGUGUGAAGGUUACAUUUGCUAAAGCACAGACUAUCAAGUCCUACAAAUGCCCAUUAUGCAGUAGCAAGAAAGUUCGCCAGUGAAGCCUCCAUAACAAUAGUUACAAUUUUAUUUAGCUGUUAAGCUUGGAACUGCUUCAGAAGGUGCAGGGCCCAUUGUGUGAAGUAUCUUACCACUCCUAAGUUAGUUUAAGAUAAUUGUUGAUCUGAAACCACUUGUAAGAUAUUGACGAUUCUUUGCUUUUGCAACACAUUAAACAUGCACGGUUGUAGAAGACUAAGUCUAUAAUUUCAAAGGAAAAGUCUUGUUACUUCUUUGCACUUUAUUUUUUUGGUAACACUACUGUAUUCUCUGACUAAGGUUCAGGAUAUAAGCAGUUCGGUGAUGGUUUGGGAUAGAACUUUUACAAAUGAACUUUGUAGGAAUGGGGAUGCAAAGAGAGGUCUCUAGGGUCUCUUCAUUUGUAAAAUUUGGAUUACUCAUUUGGCAUCGCAUGUCAUUCAUUUGAGCAAUUUUAGGAUUGGAUCUGAUUUGUUUCAA